UUAAAGUUUUGGACUUUUGAUUCCCUGUGUUUAUGAAAGAUUUCAAUUUAAAAAGGGAACUUUUCAAGCUGAUUCCACCAUGAAACAAACUCCAAUCUUUCUCUCAUUUUGAAAGCAGAUCUUUUGAGUUUUCUGUUUUUCUUUUUUGGGUUCAAGCUUGGCACUUCCCUUUCCUGCUCAUUUUAUGGAUAUAUAAAGCUUUUGUAGCCAUCAGACUUUCCCAUCAAAAUUUUUGCAGAACUUAGGAAUUGAUAUUUGUUGAUGAAUAUGGAGAGUGGCAAAAUCUGUGGUAGUUUAAAAAUGAAUGCUUUGGUUCAAAGUGAACAACUUUCUUGUUCCCCACAGGUUAUGGAAUCUUUAUGGAUACCCUCUUCUUCCUCUGUUCUGCAAGGUCAACAGCCUGUGAUUAGUUAUGAGGAUGCUGAUGGAAUGGAAACCGGAUUCUUCCAACCGGUUGACAAAGAAAACAAUGGAGACGAUGAGUUUGAUGGAUCGUAUAAUCCACCGGGGAAGAAAAGGCGGCUAACUGCCACACAAGUUGGGUUCCUCGAGAGAAGCUUUGAGGUUGAAAACAAACUCGAACCAGACAGAAAGUUGCAACUUGCAACGGAACUCGGUUUAGAGCCCCGACAAGUUGCAAUCUGGUUUCAAAACCGGCGUGCUCGGUUUAAGAACAAACAGCUGGAAAAUGACUACGACUCCAUGAAAGCUACCUACGAGAAGCUCAAGGCUGACUAUGAGAAUCUCCUCAAGGAAAAAGAUAGUAUGAGAAAUGAGGUACUUGAACUGAAAGAGAAGCUGUUGAUUAGAGAGAAAGGGAGUGAAAAUUUGGAAUCUCUUGAUGCCAUGAAUUCAUCCAAGAUAUCUCUUGAACAUGUGUCCCAUGUGUCGUCGUUGGCAUGUAAACAGGAAGAAGCGUGUUCGGCUAAAAUCGAUGUUUUCGACUCCGAUCAUCAUUCUUCAUUGAUAGAGCCGGAGAAUUCGUCGAAUGUUUUCGAACCGGAUCAAUCUGAUAUUUCCCAAGAUGAUGAAGAUAAUCUAAGCAAGAGCUUCCUGCACCUGCACCCACCAAUAUUCUUCCCAAAUUUCGAACUUGACUGUUACUACGAUGCACAUGCCAAUUCAUGUAAUUUUCAAUUACCGGUGGAAGACCAGUCGUUUUGGUCUUCACUUUACUAAGUUAAUAAUCUAUGAUGAACUUUGAUGCUUUUGCACUUGUAAGCAAUAUUACAUAUGUUCA